AUGCCAGUACGAAAACAGGAGGCCCAUAGGGCCCUGGAACUCCUGGAAGACUUCCACGAGAAGCUCACCCGCACUGAGGACCGUCAGCUUAGAUUGGCCAUUGAAAGGGUCAUUCGAAUUUUCAAAUCCCGACUCUUCCAAGCCCUCCUAGACAUCCAAGAGUUUUAUGAACUAACUCUUCUCGAUGAUAGUAAGACCAUCCAACAAAAGACAGCUGAAACACUUCAAAUUGCUAGCAGAUGGGAAGCUAAUGUAGGACCCCUAUCAGGUGGAUCCCUUCUCAUUGAGCAGAAUGAUAAGUAUCACCAUAGUGAAGGCACUGUAAUGGGCAUACCAUCAUCAGCCCAAUUGAAGGAUCUCUCAAGUGAAAUGCCCCCUGUAUCCCUCCCUAACAACAAGGCAGUGAUCACUCCUCCUGAGCCAUUGUUGGUCACUCAUAGCCCCACUCGAUCGCCUGAGUUCCAGCAUACCACAUCUGAAAAGUCCAUGUCUGAUGAUGAGUGGGAAUAUAUGGACAUUGUUCUUGAGAGGGGUAGAUCUGGCCUGGGUUUUUCCAUUGCUGGAGGUACAGACAACCCACACGUAGACCGAGAUCCUAGCAUCUACAUCACUAAGAUCAUUUCUGGUGGAGCAGCUGCUGAGGAUAAAAGGAUCCAAGUAAAUGAUAUUAUUGUCAAGGUGAAUGACAUGAAUUUGGUCAAUGUUACACAUGCAGAAGCUGUGGAUGCACUUAAGCGGGCAGGGAAUAUUGUUCAUCUGAUUAUGAAACGUCCUCGAUCAACACCUCCUACCCAGUAUCAGAUCCUUCAAUUGGAAUUAAUCAAGGGAACAAAAGGCUUGGGCUUCAGCAUUGCUGGUGGUAUUGGGAACCAGCACAUUCCAGGUGAUAAUGGGAUCUAUGUCACAAAGAUUAUGGAUGGUGGAGCAGCCCAUGCUGAAGGUAGACUUGCUGUUGGAGAUAAAUUGGUUGCUGUUUGCAACACUCCCUUGGGUGAAAGAAAUCUUGAGAAUGUCACACACGAAGAAGCAGUAGCUGCUUUGAAAAGUGUUCCCGAUCAGGUCUUGAUUCUUAUUGCCAAACCGAUCAAUGGUCCAAGCCCAGUUGACACUCCAUUGAAAGAAGAGCUGAUUAUUCCCAUGACCCCUCCCAAGCUGAUCACUGGAAUAGGUCACCCACCCCCACUAGACACAUCAUCCACCCAUGGAGAAGCUAUGCCCAUGGAAGACAGUCCCAUUCGAGAUACAGUUGACUCUCGAGAGCCAAGGAAGGUUAUCCUGACCAAAGGACCUGGUGGCCUAGGUUUUAACAUUGUUGGUGGUGAAGAUGGAGAAGGGAUCUUCAUCUCAUUUUUGUUGACUGGUGGAGUUGCAGAUAUUUCAGGAGCAUUGAAGCGAGGUGAUCAGAUCCUGGCUGUCAAUGGAAUUGAUCUCACACAUGCAACACAUGAAGAAGCAGCUCAAGCACUGAAAAGUGCACCUAAUGGCCCUGUAGAAAUGAUUAUUCAAUAUCGCCCUGAGGAAUACAAUCGAUUUGAGGCCAAAAUCCAUGAACUCAGAGAGCAAAUGAUUUCAUCUGGGACGCUCAAGCUCCCGCAAAAGAAAUCCAUAUAUGUUCGUGCGCUCUUUGACUAUGAUCCAAGGCAAGAUGAUGGUCUGCCCAGUCGUGGCCUGCCCUUCAAACAUGGAGAGAUCCUUCAUGUAACGAAUGCCUCAGAUGAUGAAUGGUGGCAAGCCAAACGGGUGCGACUGUCGGGGGGAGACGUAGACAUGGGCAUUAUUCCAUCAAAGAAGCGCUGGGAGAGGAAAAUGAGGGCAAGGGACAAGUCAGUCAAGUUCUCUGGAAAGAGCAACUCUUCGUCUUCCCUUUCUGGUCCUGGAUCAAAUUCCACUCUGGAGCGCAAGAAGAAAAACUUCAGCUUCACACGUAAAUUCCCCUUCAUGAAGAGCAAAGAGGAACGUGGUGAUGAUUUGUCUGACCAGGAAUCUACAACACUAGCAUCAUCUGACGGUGAUGGAGGCAGUGUACGUGAUGAGAAUUUCCCUGCCUAUGAAGUUGUUGAACAGAUUGAGAUCUCUUAUGCCAGACCAGUCAUUAUCUUGGGUCCUCUCAAGGAUCGCAUAAACGAUGAUCUCAUAUCGGAAUACCCAGAGAAGUUUGGGUCCUGUGUGCCUCACACAACCCGACCCCAACGGGAAUAUGAGGUCGAUGGCCGCGACUACCACUUUGUUGCCAGCCGGGAACAGAUGGAAAAAGAUAUUCAAAACCAUAUGUUCAUUGAGGCGGGUCAGUAUAAUGAUAACUUGUAUGGCACUUCAGUGUCAUCAGUGAAGGAGGUGGCACAGAAAGGCAAGCACUGUAUCUUGGACGUGAGUGGGAAUGCUGUGAAACGCCUCCAGGUGGCCCAGCUUCAUCCAAUUGCUGUCUUCAUCAAACCAAGCAGUCCUGAAGCCAUUAUGGAGUGGAACAAGCGGACAACAGAGGACCAAGCCAAGAAGAUGUACGAGAAGGCUAUGAAACUGGAACAUGAAUUCCAGGAGUAUUUCACAGCCAUGGUAGAGGGAGACACGCCCGAGGAGAUCUAUAACAAAGUCAAGAACGUGAUAUCGGAGCAUGCCGGCCCCAAGAUCUGGGUUCCAGCUCCAACCAAGGAUGCCAAGCUCUCGUAG